AUGAGCCUGCCACAAAUGGAGAGGUACUGGAUACAGAUGUAUCCAAACAGGACAGAACACCUUGUGUAUGUGAUGGUGGAUGAACUUGGUCAUCAGUCUGUGGAGGUGACCCUUGAGGUUUUAACAGACAUGAACAGACCUGAUCUGAUGCUGAGGCUGUCAGAGAGCAGCUCAGGACGAAAAACUGAAAGAAGUUCAGAGCUUGAAGGUUGUCAGAGCCUGACGCAGGACUGCAGUGAUUGGACUAAACUUGAACCUGAGGUGAACAGUACAGAUGCAGACGAGGCUCCAACUUACAGCCUUCAGUCUGCAGCAGGACACUUUGAAUGCAGAGUGUCGGGCUUGCGCUGGGUCUGUAAGGGAAAGACCAGCUUUCAGUACCAGUUUAGAUCUUGGGAGGGACACAUGGAGAGGAUGGAGAGCAGACAAUACAUGCCUGCAGGUCCUCUGAUGGACGUCACAGUCACUGCUGGGAAGUUAAAUGAAGUUCACCUGCCACACUGGAUCUGCAUCGAUGACAUCCCUGACAUAUUGGACACGUUUGCAGUCCUUCACAUAGAUGACUGUGGAGAUGUUGUGGAAACAGUGUCUGAGGUCACACCAACACAUGUCAAGUUAACUGAGCCAAAUUUCUCGAUGAUAGCGGCUCUGAUACGUUUCAUAUUUCCUCCAAAAAUCAGCUGUUACAUGUUGAUGUACUAUAAACCCAACACAUCGUUCCUCAAACUCCACGUCUACCUGAUACGACAGGAUCCUGCUCUGGAACAGGAAAUUGCUGAGAAAUAUCGUGAGAAAAAUGAUGAGACAAAAUCCCAUUUGAACUUUAAAAAAAUCAUAAAGCAUCCCCCAGACCAGUACCUGCAAACCGAGCGUCUUUUCAGCCUCAAAGCCGACAACACAAGUGCAAAAAUUCAGCCGAAGGAGUUAACCCUCAGAUACAACAGGCAAAACUUCUAUGAGGUGUACGUUAAGAAUCCAGGCAGUGAACUCAUACUUACACUGGUGCACACUCACCCAGCUGAUGGUGAACCAGCUGAUGAGCCACUAUGGAAAUGUGAAAUUCAAGCAGAUGACCAUCCAGAGUCUGGUCAAGCCGAAGCUGCAGGAUCCUCAGUGGGAGCAGCUGCUGUCAGCUCUCAGUCGGCUGCUGCAGGAUCCUCAAGGGGAGCAGCUGGUGUCGGCACGUUGGCAGCUGAGAAACACUCGGUGGAUAAACAUCCUCCUGCACGGGGAAGGAAAGCAUUGUUCAAAUCCAACAGAAAGAGGUACGAUGAGGAUCCAGAAGAAGAAGAAGAGCAUAAAAAGCUAAAGUUACAGUGGGACAGUGAUGCUGCAGCACAGAUGCCAAAGGCAUUAACAGUCCACUCAGACAGAGAGAAGCUUUUGGAAAUGUUGGAAGAUCUGAAAAAGGAGGAGCUUGAAAAGUUCAAGUGGUUCCUGCGGGACCGUGAUGUUUUGGUGGAGCUCCAACCCAUCUCAGAGAGCAAACUGGAGAAGGCCAGCACCUGUGACCUGGUGGACCUGGUGGUGCAGACCUACACAGAAAAGUCUGGGGAGGUGACCAAGAAGGUUUUUAGGAAAAUUAACAGAAAUGAUCUGGUGCAGAAGUUAUCAGACAGCAGCUCAUGAUGCAAAGUCUGGUUUGGAGUGAAGCCUGAAUGAGAAAAGUUUCCAAGGUUAGAAGUUACUGAGGAACAUCAUGACCUGCAUCUGUUACUGCCAUGUUUCUCACAUUUUAAGAAGUUUUGACGACUGCUUUGAAGAUAAACUGGAGAAUUUUAUACUUUUUAAUCUUUAAUAUCCUGCUUUAAUCAUUGUUU